UUGAGAGGAAGUGUAUGUGUGGUGUGUAAAUAUGUAAAACGUAGAAGGAGCGCGUGCCCUUUGACCCGCGUGACGCUGCCUGCCCUGCGCUGCGUUUGCGCUGUAAACAUGUCUGCGCUGCGCUAGGUGUGGAGGUCGCUGCCUUCGUUUCUCUUUCAUUUUGUUUUUUUUUUCCCCCCUCUUUAUUUAUUUAUUUUCCCUUUUUAACUGAGUAGCAGAUGGCUUUUCAGCGUGGGCCAUGAAACUCCGAGCUCAGCAUGACAGGAGAGACACUAAGUCCAGAAAAUUGCCGAAACUAAGAGAAUCACCAACUGUGAUGCAGACUAACUCAAACGAACUUAAUGCUCGGGCAGGCAACGGCUUCUCCCUUACCUUGCAAGCAGAGGCACUGACGAGGACACCAGCGGCAACCGAGGGUUCCGCUUCCUCUGAGACUCGGGAUGUGCACGUUCCCAUUGACAGUGCUUCAGGGGAUGCCAGCGGAAGAACAGCGUCCCGAAGGCAGAGGGUGGGAUCUGCCCACAGUCACUCGCACACACAUGCUCCCUACCUUCACUCUCAUGGAGAGCUGGCGUCGGAUCCAGGGGACAGUGAUUCGGAGUCUGCAGAGCGAAACACUUCUCUGUCUGAGCUGCGUUACCUCUUUCGAUGGGUCCAGAAAAGUCUUCCUUUUAUUGUGAUCCUUUGUGCCAAACUAGUUGUCCAGCAUGCACUGGGUUUAGCAGUUGGAGUUGGCCUUUUUACAACUUUCCUUUAUGCAAAUAAAAGCAUUCAAAAUCAAGUUUUUCUGCAGGACCGGCGUUCAAAGCUCCAGUCCCUGUGGGUUCUGCUUUUCCUAACUUGUUCUGCACUCCUACUCUACUACACCUUCCAUACAGAGACACUUUAUUACUGCCUAAUCUUGGUGAGUCCAAGUGCUGAGUCCUUGGGCUUCUGGGAGGUGCUGUGGACCGUGGGGGUCACCAACUUCAUAUUGAAGUUCAUUUUCAUGGGACUGAAGUGCCUUAUUCUUUCAUUACCUGUCAGACUUAUAGCAUGCAAAUCCCGGGGGAGAUGGUACAUGGUUAUAGAAGAGACUGGCCAGGUGUACCAGACCAUAGCUCCCGUGCCAGUAUGGUUCCGCUAUUUGGUCACCUACCAGGAGGUGGAUGGCUCCAUUGGGCUAACACUUGGCAUCCUGCUGGCUUUGGUCUACCUCAUACUAAAGCUUCUCAGACUCUACGGGCAUUGGGGAUCCAUGAAGAAAACUGGUCGGGUGUUUCUUAGCAGUCAGCACAACGGUGCAGCUGCCACCAAGAAUGAGUGCGGUGAGGCUGGAGAUGUGUGUCCCAUAUGCCAGGCUGCGUUUCGUGAUCCGCGGGUCCUCCUGUGCCAGCACAUUUUCUGUGAUGAGUGCAUCUCGCUGUGGUUCAACCGGGAGAAGACCUGUCCACUGUGUCGCACUGUGAUCACAGACAAGGUGCACAGGUGGAAAGAUGGAGCAACAUCUCCACACCUGCAGGUCUAUUGAAAGAAGAGCCAAGUUGUCUGUGUGUGUGGGGGGUUGUAUACUCAGCAUAUACUUCUAGGGAAUAUUGGAAAAGAAACUGCCAUAUUUAAAUAUCUAUUAUUCUCUAGCCAGUUCCUUCAGGGUGUCUAGCUCACCAUCAAUAUGGCACACUUGUCGGUAGCAGUAGUUUGUUGUGUACGAAGUAUUGUGCAGAAGGGCUGCUCCCUGCUGGCACCUGCUAGGCUGUGCAAAUUUUCACUUCUUUUUCAAGGAACUUUUUGUAACCUGUUACCUCUUUGCAAAUUUGGCAAAUAUCAUCUGUCAUCCUCCAAAUUUCCCAUUUUCCCUUUUUUAUGGCAGUUUCCAAACCCAUUUAAAAACUUUUAUUUGCAUGCAUAUACUGGUACCAAGGGUAAUUUCCAUAUGAUUUAUGAAAUGGAAAGGUAUCAUUUGUUGAAAACUAUGUUAGGGGUGGGGGGCUGUGUAUUGGUAUUUCUGCUGCAGUUUUGUUAUCACAGUUAUACAGGAUGUGUUUGAAAUGUUUUUGCUGUGUGGAAUGAGUAAUGUGUUGUUCAAGAGGUCCCAGCAAAUCUUGUUACUCGGUGCUACCCGAGUAAUGAUGUGUUACAUGCACGCCCCCCGCCCUC